ACAUAGACCAGGGUGCGACGGGCCCAUGACGUGACGUCACGUGUUCACCGGUGGCUCUGAGCGACAGCUGGUGAGGAUCUCCAGACAGGGGGAUUCCGGUGUAUCAACCCGUUAUUAAUGCAUAGGCGUUUCAAUGGCGAAAACAUAUGACUACCUGUUCAAGCUGUUGCUCAUCGGGGACAGCGGAGUGGGGAAGACGUGUCUCCUGUUCAGGUUCAGCGAGGACGCGUUCAACACCACGUUCAUAUCAACCAUAGGUAUUGAUUUUAAGAUCCGAACAAUAGAGCUGAAUGGGAAGAGAGUGAAGCUCCAGAUUUGGGACACUGCAGGCCAGGAGCGGUUCAGAACCAUCACCACAGCCUACUACAGAGGAGCCAUGGGCAUAAUGCUGGUGUAUGACAUCUGCAACGAGAAGUCUUUUGAAAACAUAAAGAACUGGAUAAGAAAUAUUGAAGAGCAUGCAUCCUCAGAUGUAGAGAAGAUGAUUCUGGGCAACAAGUGUGACAUAAGUGACCGGAGACAAGUGUCCAAAGACAGGGGGGAGAAGGUGAGUAGAAUCACUCCUUUAGAUCCAGCUUUAGUGCAAGUAAGCAAUGUUACUAAUGUAGUAUUUAUUUUGUAUUUUACAAAGCUGGCUAUUGAUUACGGAAUUAAGUUCUUGGAAACCAGUGCCAAGUCCAGUUUAAAUGUAGAGGAGGCUUUUUAUACAAUAGCCAGAGACAUCCUGCAGAAUCUUAGCACAAAGACGACCGAAGCAUCAGGAGCGGAAGGUUCGCUCAAAAUCACAGAAAAGAAGUCGAGGAGGAUGAAGUUUUUCAAGUGCGCUCUUCUCUAAAGGACUCGUCCGAUGGUGGCUGCUCUGGAGCAACUGGUUUGUUUUUGGGGAUGGUUCCUACUUCUAAACCGCCUUUGGGUAGCAGCUUGGCUGUUCUCCUUCCCUGAAGACCACAGCGGGCUCUGCCUUGUGUCUCUAUCCUGAGAAGUAUUGUAAACAAAAGAUACAAGCGAAACCUGCACACAGGAUAGCCUCUGGUCAGCUGUCACAUAUAGUCAGCCUGCAGCGUUUGAUUGCAGGAGAGCGGGUUAAGAAGGCAUGAAUGGCCACUGAUUUCAAGAUGCGGUUGCAAUUGCAAAAAAAAAGAAAAUCAUGCUUUUUUUUGUCUCAUAAGCUGCUAUUGUUGUUGUUUCGAGAUAGAGCAAGGAAAGUCUCUGUAUGCCGUGGGAUCUUAUGGCUAAAGUCUACAUGUAACUGGUCGUCCAUGGUAUUAUUCAUAUAGGAGGCAGAUAUGUGGGACAUAGGUUGACUUCUGUAUGCUUAUUAUGUAUACAGGUUUCAUGUUAUAUGAAUAUGAAUGUUCAAAUAUUUAAACAAUAGGUUUUUAUUUAUGUGUUUAUAGAAAGUAGUGUGCCAAUCGUGUGAUGGUAUUAAACCAGAAAAGUUUACACAUCAAAACAAAUAAAUGGGCUGCGCAUUAUUUAUUUUAUUUUAACUUCAACUUGUACAGUAUACAUUCAUACAUUUAACUUAAAUUGCCAACAUUCACAUCAAAGUACUUUGCACAGCUGUAAUGGUCGAAAUUUCACACUAAAAUGUUUCAGUAAAGAUGUUAAAUGUGACUUUUAACAAGCGUGGUAUUUCAUUUUGCAAUAACCUAUUAAUGAUACUGACUGAGCUGUGGUGUUGAUUGUUAAUUAAAAGUCUUGUUUCUUUGAUUGUCA